CGUGCAGUUUCCGAGUAGCGGCGAGGUUGUGCUUACCGCUGCAGGGAAGCGUCCGCUUCAGGUGGUCUGGAACAGGUAUGAGUGAUUUCAGUGAAGAAUUGAUAAGGUCCAAGACAGAGGAUGACCAGGAGGAAUCGAGUGUAUUCUCUGGUACAGGAAUGUAUUUUCCUUGGCUCCAAAAGCACAUAGACACUGUGGCAACUGAAGGAAAAAAGGAGAAGGAUUUUGCUCAGACGACGAGCGCUUGUUUGGGUUUUAUCCAAGAAGCCCUGCUGAAGCAUCAGUGGCAGGAGGCCGCAGGGUACAUGCACAGCUACUUGCAGGUCCUGGAAGACUCAGACAGCCACAAGAGGCAGGCUGCGCCUGAGAUUAUUUGGCAGCUCGGAAGUGAAAUUCUAUUCUAUCAUCCCAAAAGCAACACGGAGACUUUCAAUACCUUUGCUGACAGGAUGAAAAACAUGGGUGUCAUGAAUUACUUAAAGGUCUCCUUACAGCAUGCCUUAUACCUUAUGCAUCAUGGAAUGCUUGAGGACGCGAGCAGAAAUCUCAGUCGCGCAGAGACAUGGAGAUAUGGUGAAAAGUCUUCUUCCCAGGAAGUGUUAAUCAACCUCAUUCAGGCGUAUAAAGGGCUUCUGCAGUAUUAUACUUGGUUUAAAAAGAAGAUGGAAUUGUCUAAUCUUGAUGAAGAUGAUUAUGCUUACAACACAGCAUCCCAGACUAUGCUCAACCACAGCUGGAAGACAUCUGUAAACCUUUGUGCCUUGAUUCAAACUCCUGGAGUUUGGGACCCUUUUGUGAAGAGUUAUGUAGAGAUGCUGGAGUUCUGUGGGGAUCAGGAUGGAGCCCGAGAGGUGCUCACCAAUUAUGCCUAUGACGAAAAGUUCCCGUCGAAUCCAAAUGCUCACGUCUACUUGUACAACUUUCUAAAGAGGGAGAAGGCACCAAGAGAGAAACUGAUAAGCGUGCUGAAGAUUUUGUAUCAGAUUGUUCCAUCUCAUAAGCUGAUGUUAGAAUUCCAUAGAUUACUGAGAAAAUCAGGUUCCAUGCCCAGCAUAGGGCUUGACCUCAUGACCCUGAGCAAGUCGCGCAGUCUACCAGCUGAGCCAGCCAGAGGUGCCCCAGAACAUAACUUCUUCACAGAAGGAAUUCUACUUAAGUCCAAACAAGAAGACCACCGUAAACUUGGGCUGGAGGUACUAUUUGGAGUCUUGGAUUUUGCUGGAUGCACUAAAAAUAUAACUGCUUGGAAAUAUUUGGCAAAAUAUCUGAGACAGACUUUAAUGGGGAACCACCUUGCCUGGGUCCAAGAAUAGUGGAACGCCAGGAAAAACUGGUGGCCUAGCUUUCACUUCAGCUUCUUUUGGGCAAGAAGCGACUGGAAAGAGGAUAAAUGUUUGGCUUGUGAGAAAGCUCUGGUAGCUGGAAUACUGUUAGGAAAAGGUUGUAGAUAUUUUCGGUAUAUUUCCAAACAAGAUCAUCAAGCCUUAAGGAAAAAAAUUAGACGGAUAAAGAGAUCCGUGAAAAAGCACAGUAUUGUAAAUCCAGGACUCUGAUGUUGAAUAUUAGUUAUUUCAAAUGAGUAGCUACAGAAUGGUAGCUCAGUAGGUAUUAUUGAACGUAUUUAUUUGGUGUAUCUAGGAGGUAGUUUAUAUGGCCGCGAACAAAAGGUAUUUUUAUAUUUUUCUAUAUUUUAUGUUUCUGUAUUUUCUUUUAUUGUAAUUAUAGCUAAACAGAAACAGUCUCACUGCCUUUGUUCUUUGUAAAUAACGUUUUUUUUGUACUGUUAAAUAUAAUAUUUAUUAAGAAAUAACCUUCAAAUAAGAAGUAUAUUUGUUUAAUUAGAGAAUAUAGUUCUACAGCAGUUACUGCUGUUUGCAGAUAAUUUCUUUCUGACU